CAGCCUUAGCAGGAAGUGAAAAGUGUUUGUUCUCCUGCGGUGCUGCCAUUUCACACACACACGUUCAACAGUUACUUUAAACUAUAUAAUCCAGCUCUAACCAUGGCUCAGAACAACAGUGCUUUCUCUGACAGCAGCGUUCACGUGGAUGUUAAGGAUUAUUAUGGAAAGCGGCUCCAGAAGACUGCGGACCUGAAGACGGGAGCCUGCAUAGCUCCGGCUCAGCCUCUCCCAGCGUUUAUUCGUGACGCCCUGAAGAAGGUUCACCCUGAGGUAACUGCAAGGUACUAUGGAUGUGGUCUGGUGGUGCCAGAGUGCUUGGAAGGCUGCAGGAUACUGGACCUGGGUUCUGGAAGUGGAAGGGACUGCUACAUGUUGAGUUCGCUUGUUGGGGAGAAAGGCCACGUCACCGGCAUUGAUAUGACUGAGGCCCAGCUUGAAUUGGCAAGAAAAUAUAUGGAUUAUCACAUGAAAGAGUUUGGCUAUAAGGAGCCAAAUGUCCGCUUUGUCCAGGGCUACAUUGAGGCUUUGGUGGAGGCAGGUCUGGAAAAGAAUUCGUUUGAUAUCAUCAUUUCAAACUGCGUGGUGAACCUCUCCCCAGACAAGAAGAAGGUCCUGGAAGAAGCUUACAGUGUGCUUAAGGAUGGCGGUGAGGUGUACUUCAGCGACAUCUACUGCAAUGGAAGGCUGACAGAGGAAAUAAAAAGCCACAAAGUGCUGUGGGGUGAAUGUCUGGGCGGAGCCCUGUGGUGGAAGGAUCUGCUGCAGCUGGCUGAGCAAGUGGGCUUCAGUCAGCCGCGGCUGGUUACGGCCAGCAUUCCUACCAUUGACGAUAAAGAACUGCAGGACUUACUAGGAGACUUCAAGUUUGUUUCUGCCACAUACCGUCUCUUUAAAGUCCCUAGAGGCAACACCAAGAGCUGUAAGGUCAUGUAUAAUGGAGGCAUUACUGGGGCGGAGGAUGUCUUCCAGUUUGACUGUCACUACACCUUUAAGGCCAAUGAAGCGGUGGAGGUGGAUGGAGAAGCAGCCAGCAUCCUGACACACUCCCGCUUUGCAGAAGACUUCACUUUCCAGCCACCAGGGGGCUCCUGUGAGCCUUGUAAUAAACCUAAGGCUGACGUGGUGGAUCCUUUUGAGCUGGCCUCUCAGUUGGCCAGCAAAGGGCCCAAACCAGCCGCAGGGGGAUGCUGCAGCACAAAAUCUGCUGGUUGCUGCUAAACAUCACAGGGGAAGCCCAGAGAGAUACAGCAGCAUGUUGUGCAAGAAUAAUUUGCAGCUUAGACCUAUGUAAUUAUCCUGUUGUAAAUCAUUUUCCAGAUGAUGUGUUAUUACUUGUGCUUAUUCCCUGCACAUUUAGAUUUUCUCUAUUUUAAUGUAUAAUGAUUAAGGUAAGAUAAUGUGGAUGAAUGAGGUACAGUUUAAACCAACUGAAGGAUCAUAACAGGCAUUUCCUUACUCUUUCCAAACCUUAGCGUAAUGAAAGUAAAUUGUUCUAAAUAUGCUAACAAAAUGCUCUUAUAUGAGAAACGUGAACAUUUCAAACUGUUUCUGUUCCAAUUGUGGCUUUACAUCGACAGAAGAUGACAACAAAAAGGGAAUCUUAGAUUUCUAUGCUUUUGUAGCUUUCCUAAAAUUAAGAAGAUGAC